AUGCCAAGACAAUACCAUGAGAAGCCUCCUAGCUCUAAGUUAAUGAGUUUCUUUAUUGUAAUAUCCAAUCAAGCUGCAAUAUCUUUAGUUUUUGGAUAUUUUCAAACUAGAUUAAAGCUAAAACAAUUAACCUAUCUAAGCUGCUAACACUUUGUGUAAUAAUCAUUCGCUUCUUGUAUUUGACCACUGAAUUUCACCAUUUCCCCUAUUCAACAGCUUAAUUUUGUAUUGUAUCAUUUUUCAUCUUUACUCUGUUGCUCUAUUCUUGAUAGUAAAUCACUAAAUUCUUGUUGCCUUCAUUAUCUUUAGGUUGUUGUUAGACGAAUUCGACUCCUCUUCAUUUAGAUGAAGAAAAUUUUUGAAUUCCUAAUUACUCUAAAGCAGUUGGUUUUUUUUUAAAUAAAAGCUAUAUUACAUCUGUACAAGUAAGAAUGUAUCGGUUAUGCGUGCGAAUUAUGGGAUAGUAAAAGAAUCAAACAGGAAGACAAAAGCGUAUGAUCUCUAUUAUUUUUUUAUAAUUUAUAAUUGAAGAAUGUUGUGUUAAAUGAAAAAUGUACUCGACUGCCUACAAGAGUUUAAUCAAACUUACUUUCUUAAUCGAUUGUCUAAGGUAAUUUAGUUUUUAUACUAUAAGUAAAUAUUUAUGGCAGUUUUGUGGAGAUCUAUUUCAAACAAAAAAUCUGUCAAUUCAUCCUAAUAAACUUUACUAGAAUAAUAAGGCAUGCUAAUUCAGAUAUUUUCUAUGUAAGUGAGAAGGUUAAUAGAAAUAUAUUAUGA